CAGGUGAAGAACUCGUGUCCGUUCUGGGCCGGCUCCUCGGUGAUACUCUCUGGAAUCAUAGGAUUAACAACUUGGAAACGGCCUAUGAUACUCCUGGUGAAUCUCUUUGUGCUGCUGUCUGUGGUGUGUGUCCUCUUAAAUCUAGCUGGAUUUAUCCUCGGCUGCCAGGGGGCCCAGUUUGUGUCCAGCGUGCCCAGGUGUGAUCUGGUGGACUUAGGCGAAGGAAAGAUUUGCUUCUGUUGUGAAGAAUUUCAACCAGCCAAAUGCACGGACAAAGAAAAUGCCUUGAAACUCUUUCCGGUUCAGUCUUGUAGUGCUGUUCACCUUCUACUUAAGAAAGUUCUUUUUGCCCUGUGUGCCUUGAACGCCCUGACCACCACCGUCUGCUUGGCAGCAGCUGCCCUUCGCUACCUCCAGAUAUUUGCAGCCAGAAGACCCUGCAUCGACGAAUCCCAGAUUUCUGCCGAAGAAGUGGAAGAACACGGACGGAUCCCAGACCCUGAUGACUUCGUGCCGCCAGUGCCGCCCCCCUCCUAUUUCGCCACAUUUUACUCGUGCACGCCCCGGAUGAACCGCAGGAUGGUUGGUCCUGAUGUUAUUCCCCUCCCACAUAUCUAUGGAGCACGAAUCAAAGGUGUGGAAGUGUUCUGUCCCCUGGACCCCCCGCCUCCCUAUGAAGCUGUGGUGAGCCAGACAGACCAGGAGCAGGGACCUUCAUUCCACAUGCCAGAAGGAUUAGAAGAUGCCACGAGCCCCUUGGAACCGAUCUGCAUACCGCUGACUCAAGGUGAGGACAUUCCUAACACACCCAGAGAAGAAAGCACAUCUAUCUCAACUCCCGAUGCAAACCAGCUGCCUCCCACGGGAAGCCGGAGAGUCUUCCCAGCCCUGAGGACAAGAUCGAGGAGUGACCCUGUGCUCCAUCAUUCCGCGGAGAGAGCUGUCCCUGUGCUCAGCUGCGAAGCCGCAACGCAGACCGAGGGAAGACCAGAUCUGGCCACGGUGACCUUGAGGAGAGGUUUGAGGUGCAGAGCUUCGCGAUGCCGGCCUCGGUCCCUGAUAGAUUACAAGUCCUACAUGGACACCAAACUGCUGGUGGCGAGGUUCCUGGAGCAGUCGUCCUGCAGUAUGACCCCAGACAUCCACGAGCUUGUGGAGAACAUUAAAUCUGUUCUCAAGUCCGAUGAGGAGCACAUGGAGGAGGCCAUCACCAGUGCCAGUUUCCUAGAACAGAUAAUGGCCCCGUUGCAGCCCAGCACUUCCCGGACCCACGUGCCGCCCUCGCGGAGACAGCCUGGCUUCUUGCACCUGCGGAGCUGCGGGGACCUGAGCACCUUCGUCCCGGCGGGGGUGCCGAGAGCCGAGAGGAGGCCCCAGCGAGCAGAGGCUGAGCGGCCCCACAGCCUCAUUGGCGUCAUCCGGGAGACCGUUCUGUGAACCUG